CGUGAGGCUCUGGGUGCUGUGGGUGGAGACGAAAAGCUGCGGUUAAGGAGGGUCGGAUUUCACCGUCCCGGGGAAGCACGCCCGAACGGGAUCACGGAGCGGGCUGAGAUAGUGAAUUCCUAAGAAGAAAAUAAUGGAUUGCUUAUUACUUGUUCUCUAAUUGUUUGGACUCGGAAGUGUGCAGGUUUGUUUCAAGAGCCAAAAGAAGAUGGCAACUCCUUAUGUCCCAGUUCCGAUGCCCAUAGGGAACUCUGCAUCCAGUUUUACAACCAGCAGAAACCAAAGAAGUUCUUCUUUUGGGAGUAUUUCAACAAGCUCAAACUCUUCCAAAGGCCAAUUAGAAGACGCAAAUAUGGGUAAUUUUAAACAGACAAGUGUACCUGAUCAAAUGGAUAGUACUUCAUCUGUCUGUAGCAGUCCCCUCAUUAGGACUAAAUUUACAGGUGCAGACUCUUCCAUUGAAUAUUCUGCUAGACCAAGAGAAAGUGACGAACAAAAUCCUGAAACAGUGAACUGGGAAGACAGACCUUCGACACCUACUAUCCUGGGUUAUGAGGUGAUGGAAGAAAGAGCUAAAUUUACUGUAUAUAAAAUACUAGUAAAGAAGACCCCAGAAGAAAGCUGGGUAGUUUUUAGAAGAUACACUGACUUCUCUAGGCUUAAUGACAAAUUAAAAGAGAUGUUUCCAGGCUUUCGAUUAGCACUUCCACCAAAACGCUGGUUUAAAGAUAAUUACAAUGCGGAUUUUUUAGAAGAUAGACAAUUAGGAUUACAAGCAUUUCUUCAAAACUUAGUAGCUCACAAGGACAUUGCUAACUGCCUUGCAGUGAGAGAAUUUCUUUGUCUGGAUGAUCCACCAGGUCCAUUUGAUAGCCUAGAAGAAAGCAGGGCUUUCUGUGAAACUUUAGAAGAGACAAACUACCGUUUCCAAAAAGAACUACUUGAAAAACAGAAAGAGUUGGAAUCACUGAAGAAACUGCUCAGUGAAAAGCAACUUCAUAUAGACACGCUGGAAAACAGACUCAGGGCGUUAUCUUUAGAACCUGAAGAAUCACUGCUCAUGUCAGAAACGGGAGGUGGACAGAUCCUAAAGGUGGAGUCCUCUGCACUUGAGGUUGAUCAAGAUGUCUUGGACGAAGAAUCCAGAGCUGAUAAUAAGCAAUACUUAAGUUCUCAUGAGCCUGAAAAUUCUGUAUCAGACAUAGAAGUAGCAGAAGUGGCAUAUAAUGCUGAAGAAGACUAAUGCGUCACAAGCAGUUCCUCCCAUUUUUACAUUUCUGCAAACGUAGAGUGGCAAAUAUUUAAAAAGAGAAAAGAGACUGAAGCUAUUACAGAAAGUAGCAAGAUUGCACAUGUAUAAAGUUUACAUAAAGAAAAGUUUCUCUUAAGUUAUUGGGGUAAGAAAUAUAUUCACUGUUGCUUUAAAUUGUCUUUUAGAUAGACUGUAUUUAAUACACUAAAGAAAAGUCUAGUUAGAGUUUCGCCAUCAAGGCCCUUAAAUAAUGUACGUAAAUUAUAUUGGUGUUUUGCCAGUAUAUUGCUCCAGACUAACGUGGGUGUACACACGUGCGUGUGUGUGUGUUAAAAUCACCAAUUUUAUUAGUUAAGUGGACAUAAAUUGCAUGUUGCUGUCUGGUUGGAUAUAUACUUCUUUGUGUCUCUGACAUGAUGAUAUAUUUUCGUUAAUGGUUUAAAUCAGUGGUAAAGAUGAACUGAGUUUAAAAUAUUAACAUGUUUGUCAUCUCUAAAUGAAAGUUGCUUAUUUGGAAUGUUACUAUUUGAAAGAAGAAAACUUUCUAGUACCAAAGGGAAACUCUUCGAAAGAGCUGUAAUAAUAUAGCUAAAGUGAUAAAAUAGCCUUGAUUUUAAAAGCUAAUUCAAUAAUAUCGAAAUACUAUAAGUAUACCGGUGUAUUAUAUGUUAUACUUGUUUGUUUUCCACAUAAUCUUUAUCUUAAAUCUCUAUCUGUAGAAUCAGUGGGUUUGCCUUUUUCAGGACACUACCUCUUUUUGCUAAUCAAGGCAUACUCUGUUGAAAAUAUAGAUUCUAAGCAAAUAGGCAGUAAUACAAAAAAAUUAAAGAUAAAAAGCCAUAUGUCCUGCAGAGCUUGUAUGUCAACUCCUGGCAUUCUAUCUUUGUUUCUGUGUAUGUGAAAAUGUCGCUAUAAUUAUUGAUGCUGAUUUUCUUUUUAAUAUAUUUAGCCAAGUGAUGCACUUUACGGUGAUUAAACUCUUUUGUGCCAAGUUUAAUUGGUGAAUUUCUUUAGUAAGUGGAAUUAGGAAAAAGAAUUAUGCAGUGCCUUCACUAUUUCACUUUUUACAGACGUCUCCUAGGGUCUGCGAGUCUGCUAAAUGAAAAAUUUAUUUCUGCUUUGCAUAUAGUUAUGGAGUGUGCUUUGUUUCACUUUUAUAGUAUGAAGUUACUUAUUUAUAUUAUAUUUCUACUACUUUGCGUAUUGCUGUUAAUAAGCAUUGCAAUCAUGCUAGCAUUUUUGAAAUCGCAGUUGGUAUAUUGAACGCAUAGGCUUUCCAAAAACUGAAGGAAACUUACUAGGGAAAAAGAAUAACCAUCUCCAUUUUUUCCCUUCACUACAUAAAAGUGUAUCAGUAUCUUGAGGUAUGUAUUACGAUGUGGUUGUUUAAAAUUCUGCUGAUGUAGAUUAACAGAUACAAUGGCUGGUUAACCUUUGAUCUGAGAAGGAGACUGCUUUUUACCUAAGUACCAAAAAUCUUUCAAGUCUGCAUCAAAAUGCACGGGUAUGCUCUGUCUCAGAAUAUUUUCCCCAAAGUAUAUUAGAAAUAUAUUUACCAUCCUGGGAGACAGAAAGAGUAUAACAAAAUGGCCUACUUGUUCAUUUCAAAAUACUAUCUAGGCUUUAAAAAGGUUUAAAAAGAACAAUCAUUUAAAUUAACAUCACUUUCAGUCUAAUCAAGCAAGGUGAGCUUUGCUAAAUUCCAGAUAUUACAGUGCUACAUAUGUGUCUGUUUUAAAGUGAACCGUACACUUUCAAAUUCUGACCUUUCAGAAGACUGUAUUUAAAGUUUUGGAUGAGUGAAGAAAAAGUUGUUAAUUAGGGAAACCACUAUUAUUUAUAUUUAGGUUUUACUUUUUUUACUUUUAUAAUGCAUUUUAUUCCCAGUAUUAUGCUGAUUCAAUAAAUUAUUUUUUCGGUACAGCAGUAGAUGUGUGUUGUUCGUAUCUUGAAUACCAUUUUUCUCCUCCAGUUUCUGUGUUCUUCUUAUCCUUUCCAGUUAUUGAAAAUUUAAUUAAACUUAACUGCUGCAUUUA